AUGUUGUUUGUUAUCAGUAUUGUUCUUUAUUUCAGCCAUGCUUUUGUCGCAUCUGGCUCACCACCAGUUGUUCUGUGGCAUGGCAUGGGUGAUACUUGUUGUAAUCCUCUGAGUCUCGGAACAAUCAUUAAAUUGAUUGAAAAAGAGAUUUCGCCGAGUCCUUACGUUCAUUCUCUUCGAAUCGGCUCCAAUGUCGAAGAAGAUACUGCCAAUGGAUUUUUCAUGAAUGUUAAUCAUCAGAUUGACUAUGCUUGUCAAUUACUAAAAGCGGAUAAGAAUUUAACGAAUGGUUAUCAUGCGAUUGGUUUCUCACAGGGUGGACAAUUCCUUCGUGCGAUUGCGCAACGCUGUCCUAAUCCACCAAUGUUGAAUUUAAUUUCCAUCGGUGGUCAACAUCAAGGUGUUUUUGGAUUUCCACGAUGUCCUGGUGAUAAUGUCACUAUUUGUAAUUAUAUUCGUGAAUUAUUACGUUUUGGUGUCUAUGAAUCGUUCGUACAAGAACAUCUUGUUCAAGCCGAGUAUUGGCAAGAUCCUCAUCGGGAAGAAUUGUAUCGGAAAGUAAGCGUUUUCCUCGCUGAUAUCAAUCAAGAACGCACGUUUAAUAAAGAUUAUCGAACAAACCUUUUGAAAAUCCGUAAUUUUGUCAUGGUGAAAUUCCUGCGUGACACUAUGGUAUAUCCGCAUGAAAGUGAACAUUUUGGCUUCUAUGCUGCCAAUGGUACUUCGAAAAUUGUUCCGCUACGGGAAAGCGAUAUAUAUCUGAAAGAUUUAUUAGGUUUACAAGUAAUGGAUAAACAAGCACGACUUAAAUUUCUCGAAUCGGACACUGACCAUUUACGAUUUAGUGAUCAAUGGUUUAUUGAUAAUAUAAUUCCAUAUUUAAAAGAUUAG